AAUUUGAUACAAAUUUGACACGUCAUAAGAUUACUAUUCAAAAAACACGUGAAAUCAUAAAAAACCAACUUCAAGUUAGGACAGAAGGACAGACCAAGCAUUUUAUUAUUAUAUAAUUUUCAAAAUAAUCAUUUUUUGUUUAACAGAUAUUUCUUUUUUAAUUCAAGAAUCCAUUGUAAAAUGUUGAGGUUAGUAAACUUAUAUUACAUAAUAUUGACUUUAAGUUGUUUAGUAUUUCACAUUAAAAAUAGAUUCAUUAUGAUGAAAAAAAUUGCGUUUCUUUGCAAUGCAAUAUAAGUAAUCCCUAUUGAAAAACCCUGUACAAGAUUUUGUACAAGAAAAUGUACAUGUUCAGCAGCUGAACUUAUACCUGUUCUGGUAAGAACAUGUACAAGAUCUUGUACAUUUUCCGCAUCAGAAUUUUGAACAAGUUCUUGUAUUAGAACUUGUACAAGAACAUGUACAAGAAAAUGUACAUUUUCAUACAAAUAUUAAAUAUAUUUACUUGUACAACUUGUACAAGAACAUGUACAUUUUCUUGUACAAGAUCUUGUACAGGGUUUUUCAAUAGGGAUAGUAUUUAACUUAUUCCUUAUAAAUAGCUAAUUAUAAGUACACCAUUUAUCUAAAUAAAUAAAAAUACACUGACGAAUAAGUGAAAUUCCACUAAUUCAGAUUAAAGUAUCUUCAAAUCUGAAGAAGUGAAAUUUCAUUUAUUGUGGAUACACUUAGGUAUCUUGGGGUCAUUAUUUUUGUCAGAGAAAGUUGUGCAUGUUCAUCUUCAACAACUUAUAUACUAAUUAUGUUUUAAUUAUAUUCCCUAGUUACAUAGGCAAAACGUCAGUAGGCGAAAACAGCUCAUUCCGUAUUUGAACCUAAAGUCGGUAGUAGUAGUACAUUUUACAACUUUUAAGGAAAACUAUAUGUUACAAUUAUAUUGCUGUGCAGUGAAUAAUAUUUUUGUGCAUCAUAUAUUUAUGCAUUACAUCGAGCAAGAUAUAAGAGAGUAUCAUUAGUGAAACAAUGACGGACAAAAAUGGGCAAUUAAGUAAACGUAAACGUUACAAACAAUAUUUGGAUCCAAAUUAUAAUUCAAAUGAAGUCAGUGCACAAACACAUCUUAGAUGGAAUCAAAGAUCACUUAGUACUACUUUUGCUGAUAUUUCUAAUGGUCCCUCUUCUUCAAAUGAAAUUGAUCAAAUGGAUGUAACCAUUGCAGAAGAAUGUCUCACGCCAGCAGACAAUGAAACUGUUUUUAUUAUUUCGAAAGACUCUGUUUUAAUAAAUGAGCAACAUAAAGUGUCAAACUCAUACAAUAACGAAACAACAAACCAAGAAAAAACUUACGGUCAAUUACACCAAACAAUGUCUGUGGAUUCAAACGAUUUUCUUUCUUCUGAUAAUGAGUCAAUAAAUCUUGAAAGUUCUGAUAUAGACAACUUAGAUGAAUCAGACAGCGAAGAUUCAGCUGCUAAUAUUAACGAAGAAAUUGACAUUGGUUUUUCUAAACUUCUAAAUUUUGGAAGAGAAAUUAUGUUUCCAAGUGCUGCUCUCUGUGUCUCUGAUGUACUCUUUAUGAUAUUAGGAUUUUGUUUACGCUUUUCGCUUUCUGAUUCAGCUCAAAUGUCUUUAUUUGAAUUGGUAAAGGCCUUAGCUGGGCCAAAAUUUGAAAACUGGCGAUUAUCAAAAUAUAUGUUUUCUCAAUUAUGUGAUGCUCCUGAUAAUGUUAUAAAAUAUAAUUUUUAUUGUACAACUUGUUCUGUAGGUUUGUUGCCAUGUACGACUAAAAAAAAAUUUAAAAAAUCAACAACUACUUGCAGUAAAUGCGGACAAAAAUUUAAAUUAAGUAUGUCAUCAACAAAUUAUUUUAUUUCAGUUGAUUUAGAAUAUCAAUUAAAGUUAUUAUUUAGUAACGUGGAUGUCAAAAAUGCAUUAAUAAAAUAUCAUAAGAAAAUUAGAAAAAACGUUAAUGAUGGAUCAAAUGUUAUACGCGAUGUAUUCGAUGGUCAAUUGUAUAAAAAUAUUAUUAACCUUUCGAAUGAGGACCUUACAAUUACGUUAUCUUUUAACACAGAUGGUGCUCCAAUUUUUCACAGUUCUAAGAAAUCCUUUUGGCCUCUACAAUGUUUUAUUAAUGAACUUCCACCUGAAAUUAGAUUCAAAUAUCCACUUCUCUGCGCAUUAAGUAUAGAUACUCGUGAACCUUCACCAACUCAAAUGCAAUAUUUUAUGGAAAAAUUUGUAGAUCAAUCUCUGCAUUUAACUAAUAAAGGUUUUCACUGUAAAGAUUUGAACGAUCAAGUUAUUACAGUAAAAGUAUUACCUUUAUUGUGCUGCGUGGAUUCUGUUGCUCGUCCAGUCAUUCAAAAUCGUUCUCAGUUCAAUGCAUAUUGUAGUUGCAGUUGGUGUUAUGCACACGGGGUGCAUAAAGAAAACUAUGUACGUUAUCCGAUUUUAAAAGAAGAAGAUGAUGCUAUUAGAACAGAUGAGAGUCAUAAAACUGACGCAGAAAAAGCUUUCAAAUUAGGAAAUUGGAUUAAUGGAGUAAAAGGUAAAAGCAGUUUAAUGAUGUUAAUGCUUUUUAACAUGGUGUGGGGAUUUCCUUGCGAUUAUAUGCAUAGUGUCUUAAUUGGCGUUGUAAAACAACUAUUUCAAAUAUGGACUGAAAGUAAUUCUUCAUGGCAUUUUACAAAACAGCAACGACAAAAACUAAACGAUUUAAUGUGUAAAAUUACACCAUCUCAUGAAGUUCAUCGUUCACCCAGAUCUUUUUUGGAUAAAGCUAAAUGGAAGGCCUCUGAAUGGCAGUCAUGGCUGCUAUUCUAUUGUCUACCAUGUUUGGAAUGCGUUUUGCCUGAUGCUGAAUCCCAAAUUGAUAAAAAAACCGGUAUUAAUAUUAUUGAACAUACAUCAUUGUUGGUACGAUCUAUAUUUAUUCUUCUCAAAAAAUCAAUUACUGUUAAAGAGUUGGAUCGGUGUGAAUAUGAUAUCUUAAAAUUUGUUGGAGAAUUCGAAUUAUUGUACGGCAUAGGCAGCAUGACAUUCAAUGUACAUAUUCUACUUCAUUUAGUACAGUCAGUUCGAAUGUCAGGACCCCUAUGGGCUACCUCGGCUUUCCCAUACGAAAAUGGAAUUUUUUAUUUAAAAAGGCAGGUCACUGGUCCCAAGGGAAUUUAUGAUCAAAUUGUGCGCCGAAUGCUGCAAAGAAAUUCAUUUAAACUCUUAUGGAAACAGACGACGCAAUCUGAAUCGGCAGCUAAAUUUUGUAAAUUUCUUUUUGAUAAUAAACAGUGCAUACAAUCGGUGCAAAGAAUAUCUGUUGAUACUGAUGUAAUACUUCUAGGACCAAGUUCAAGUAACAAAUUUUAUGCACGUUGUGUUUACAGAGGUACAAUUUAUUGUGGAAGUGAAUAUACUCGAGCAAAAAAAACCAAUGACACAAUUGCUCAGUUAAAAAAUAAUUCGAUUGUCCAAAUAACUAAAUUUAUUCACGAAUCAGAUACAUUUGUUCGUGUAAUAGCAAGAAAAUUGUGUAGAGAAACUAAACAAAAUUCCUCAUUUGAUGUUGAACAUUUACAGUGCGUUAAAAUAAUCGAACAAGUGAUUACUUUCCCUAUUCAAGAAAUCAAAGAAAAAUUAAUAUCAAUAAAAGUAGAAGGAAGAAUUUAUGUUAGUUCUAUUCCAUUUAUUGAUAACGUCUCGUAGACUUGUCAGAAUAUUUUAUACAUGUGCAUAUCAAAAGUAUAUAAAAUUUUAGUUAAAUUCGAUUGCGCUUUACUUGCAGAUAGAAUUUUAUGAAUGUAAAUAAUUAUGUAGUAAAAUUAAUAAACACAUGUAUAGAAAAGUAUUAAAAUUUUACUAAAUAUAAUUUCAUUAAGGCGGUGUUUACAUGACUGCAUUUGCAUGCUGCGUUUUGUGUUAAGCAUAAAUUAGUCUGUCACUUGUGACGUCAGAGUCGAUUUUAUAGAUGUAGCUUUAGAUAGCUGCAGGGAAAAACAGGCGCCCAUAUUCUUAUGGGAAAUAAAUUGUUUUUACUUUUAUCAAAUUCACUCAUAAUUUUUAAACAUGGAAAACGCUUGUUAACAUGAAGUAAAAAUAAAUAGUGUUUCGCUAAUUAAAUGUGCUGCUAUGUAUUUGAUAUUCUCGUUUAGUGAUGUUUGUUAACUAUAACUUGAAAUUUUUUACUGUUGCAGUAAUUCCCACUUAAAAUAUAUAUUUUAUAUCUUUUUUAAUAAUAUGAUGGAUUUUGAUUGAAUCUUAAAAAAACGUGCUUUUGAUAAAAAAUUA